AUGGAUCUCAGUGCUAUCCUCAACGACGUCCAGGACGAUGAAGGUGCUCCUUUCAAGGGAGAGGCAGAGGCAACGCGGAUAACAGAGACACGCCAUGGUCCGUCCCGUCUCCUCCGCCUGCCCGCCGCGCUUCACGACCCGAUAAUUUCUCAUUUAACCAACCGGGACAUUAAGAGCCUCCGGUUGACAUGCACUUUCUUCCACGAUAUCGCGCGCCUACGCCUACAUCGCGUUUUCAUUUCCGCCCACCACCGCGACGUACAAGUCCUCCGCGCCAUUGCUGACAGCGACGCAUUUCGUUCCGGUGUUACCGAGCUGAUAUGGGACGACGCGCGCCUCAGCAACUUUCCACAUCUAGCUCAGGCACACGAUGAAAAUGUCAAGGACAACAACUCUGAGACACACGACAACAACGACAGUGAGGUCCCAAAAUGGUUCGUCGACGCAUGUAACGGGAACAUAGACGACCUCAACAGCCGCAAAGGCCUAGACGCUGACCGCCCCGAGCAUGCCGCCCAGGCUGAGCAGCUGAACACACGCCUACCAGCAGCCGCCUGCUGGGCACACUACCGGGAGCUGCUCCAGCAGCAAGACGCCGUCCUCUCAUCUGGAGCCGAUGAGGCCGCCUUCCGCUAUGCCCUGCAGCAGUUCCCUUCGCUCGAGCGCGUCACCAUCACGCCGGCCGCCCACGGUUGGCUGUUCAGCCCGCUCUACGAGACCCCGACGAUCCGCACUCUCCCCAACGGCUUCAAUUAUCCCAUCCCCCGCGGUUGGCCCACCGCCCCGGAUGGCUGCCCUCCGCACAGCAUGCGGCCCUGGCCCGGAGAUGGCGAGGGUGAGGCAUACAAAGACCAGUGGCGUGGCGUCCGCCUCGCCCUCCGCGUGCUGGCCGAGCCCCAGACGGAGCACAGCGUCACCGAGUUCGUCCUCGACGCGCACCACCUCGACACAGGCCUGAACUGCCGCAUCUUCGAGCACCCAGCAGCACAAGCAAGCGCCGAGUACACCAACCUCUGCGCCCUCCUGCGCCGGCCCGGCUUCGCCCGCCUGGGCCUCGCGCUCGCCGUCGGCGGCCAGGAGCACCUGGGCUGGCCCGCCCUGCGCGGGGGCCACCUGCGCGCCGCGCUGGAGGGAGCCCCGGACCUGCGGCACUUCAGCCUGCGGACGAACGUGGUGCCGGACCCGGACGCGCGCGCGCUGGUGCGAGGCAGCGGGGGGAAUGCCGAGCACCACGUGCCGCUGGGGAUUUUAUGGCCCGUGGAGUCGUGGACGCGGCUCCGGCACUUUGGACUCUCUGGCUUCCUCGUCACGCAGGAGGAUGUGAUAUCGCUGCUGAGGGCGUUGCCUGGCUCGCUGCGGUCGGUGGGGCUGAGCUUCUUGCACUUUGUCGAUAACGGCGGCGACUGGCGUGGUUUGCUGGGGGAGAUGCGUGAUACACUUGACUGGCGGGAGCGGGAGGCGGCUUGUAGGCCGGAUGUGGUCGUUGGGCACGCGCUGAUCGUGCCGCGGUGUGGGCGGGCUGUGUGGGCCGACCGCGAGGCCGUGGGCAGCUUCCUGUAUGGCGAUGGGCCGAACCCGUUUGGGGACGAGGGGGAACCUGCGCCGAACCAGAUCGUGAUGGGAAAUGGGGCGGGUGUCGAGCGGGAUGCCCUUGACCCGAGCCAUGAGCGACCUUAUGUGGAUAAUUUCGAGUUGAUGAGGCUGGGACUUGUGAAGAAGGCGCCGUGGCUGGAGCGAGAUGUGUAA